GCCAUGGGAAUCGUUUGGCUGUGGGUGGCCUGCCUUCUCGGCCUGGCAGCUUCUCUAGAAGAGAUUCUUUUGGACACGACGGGGGAGACGUCCGAGAUUGGCUGGACUGCGCAUCCUCCUGACGGGUGGGAUGAGGUGAGCGUACUGGAUGACAAGAAGCGCCUGAUCCGUACCUUUGAGGUGUGCAACGUUGGGGAUCCGGGCCAGAACAACUGGCUCCGCACGCACUUCAUAGAGCGCCGAGGCGCCCGCCGGGUCCACAUCCGCCUCCGCUUUUCUGUGCGUGACUGUGCCAGCAUGAGGAACGUGGCCUCUUCCUGCAAGGAGACCUUCACCCUUUACUAUCAUGAAGCGGAGACAGAUGUGGCCACUCCGGAGCACCCUGAGUGGCGCGAGGGACCGUGGACCAAAGUGGAUACAAUUGCGGCCGACGAGAGCUUCUCGCAGGUGGACAGCACCGGGAAGGUGGUGAAGAUGAACGUGAAGGUGCGCAGCUUCGGGCCGCUCUCCAAGUCAGGGUUCUACUUAGCCUUCCAAGACUCGGGGGCCUGCAUGUCCCUGGUGGCUGUCCAGGUCUUCUUUUACAAGUGCCCAGCCGUGGUGAAGGGGUUUGCCUCCUUCCCAGAGACCUUUGCUGGAGGGGAAAGGACGUCGUUGGUGGAGGCGCUAGGGACUUGCGUGGCCGACGCGGAGGAAGCGAGCACCGCCGGCUCCUCUGGGGUGCGGUUGCAUUGCAACGGUGAAGGCGAGUGGAUGGUGGCCAUCGGGAGGUGUGCCUGCCGGGCCGGCUUUGAGCCUGCAGAUGACGAGAAGGUCUGCAAAGCUUGUACUGCUGGUACUUUCAAGGCCUCUGUGGGAGACACGCCCUGCAGUCCAUGUCCUGCCCACAGCUAUUCUUCGACACCAGGCGCCAGCGAAUGCACCUGCUUGGCCCGAUACUACCGUUCGUCUUCGGACACCUCUGAUGCCCCCUGUACCAGCACCCCUUCGGCCCCACGUGACCUUAGCUACGAGAUUCUUGGCUCCAACGUCCUCCUAACCUGGCGUCUCCCCAAGGACCUGGGUGGCCGAAAGGAUGUUUUCUUCAAUGUCAUCUGCAAGGUGUGCCCAACAGGGUCCCCGGGGCCUUGCGUGCGUUGUGGGGACAGCGUCCAGUUCGAGCCUCGCCAGGUGGGGCUGACGGAGAGCCGAGUGCAAGUCUCCAACCUCCUGGCCCGUGUGCAGUACACCUUUGAGAUUCAGGCCGUCAACCUGGUGACCGAGUUGAGCCCCGAUGCCCCCCAAUAUGCUGCUAUCAACGUUAGCACCAGCCAGUCGGUCCCUUCUGCUGUUCCCAUGAUGCACCUGGUGAGCCGCACUAUGAGCAGCAUCACUUUGUCUUGGCCACAGCCGGACCAGCCAAACGGGAUCAUCCUGGACUAUCAGCUGCGCUACUUUGACAAG